AUGGAUUCUGUUUCCCCUCUGCCCUCUCCUUCCUCUGUCACCAAUUAUCGCAUCUACACUUCAUUUUGUUCCAAUGAUUUAUUGCCCACUCCAAACAUGUCCAAUUGGAUAGAGUGCUACGACCCUACCACCAACUCUUGGCAUCGCGUGUGCAGAAUUCCCGAGCUGCUUCAGAACCAUGUGCGAAGAGAUUUUGCCAUGGUCUCCAUCGGUGACUCCAUCUACAUUAUUGGCGGAAGGCUUUGCCACAGGGCUCCAAGCCAUCAUGAGCCUUACGAAAUUGUCCAGGAUGAUCUUGAGGUCUUAUCCUCUGUCAUACGCUACGAUGUGUGCAGUGGCGUGUGGUCUAAGUGUGCGCCACUCGCCGUCCCACGUUUUGAUUUUGCAUGUACCGUGUGCGACAACAAAAUCUACGUGGCAGGUGGACAGUGCACAUUAGGUGUCGCACGUGGCACCUCCUCAGCUGAGGUGUACAACCCGAUGCUGGAUGAGUGGAAGCCAUUGCCUGACAUGAACGUGAUGAGGUACAAAUGCGUGGGAGUGACAUGGCAAGGGAAAAUCCACGUGAUAGGAGGAUUUGCUGAGAAGGCAGAUUUGGAUAAGCUGCCAUGGAACACCAUCGGAAGAUGUUCGGCUGAGGUGUACAAUUCGGACAACGCCAAGUGGGAUCUGGUAAUGGGAAUGUGGCAAUUGGACGUGCCACCAAAUCAAAUCGUGGCAGUUGAUGAAAAGCUUUACAGCUCAGGGGAUUGUCUAAAUGCAUGGAAAGGUCACGUCGAGGAGUACGAUGGGAAAUUUUGGAAUGAAGUAGAGGGGUCACACCUGGAAACAUUAUCAUCGCCAAAUUCAGUGUGGGACGCAAACUGGCCUCCAGCCAAACGAAUUUACAUAACAAUGGCAGCAAUUGGGAGUAAGCUGUUUUUCUUGGCGGGAUAUAGGAAGCCAGGGGAGACGUCGAGGUUGAUGUCCGUAGUACACGUGUUCGAUACAUGGGCGAAAAGGGAUGGAGGGAGGAGUUUAGAGCCUACGGAAGAGGAAGGAGAAAAGGAGCUUUGCUCUCAUGCCUGCGUUGUCUUUCUUCCCAACAAUUAA